AAAAAGGGAAAGCUUUCAAACCUUUUUUGGAUUCAAAUUUAUUUCAAAGUAUAUUAUAUCCAUCUUAUUUUCUCCAACUUUCUGGGUAUUUUCAUAAGACCAUAAACCAUAGUGGUUGAAGCACUUCCAAUUGAAUGAUCCACUCAAAUUUCUUUUGAUUGAGAUUUAUUGCAACUUGCAACUCUGCUCUCUUAGUUAUCCAUUUCUAAACUGCGAUAAUAUAAUUGAUGAAGAUGGCAAGUCGCAGAAAGGUGGAUCUGCGGUCCGACACGGUGACAAAACCGACCGAGACAAUGCGAGCUGCAAUGGCAAUUGCAGAGGUAGACGAUGAUGUGUUGGGAAAUGACCCAAUUGCCCUCGAGUUAGAAGAAGAGAUGGCAAAGAUGAUGGGAAAAGAAGGAGGGUUAUUUGUUCCCUCAGGCACAAUGGGGAAUCUUAUAAGUGUUAUUGUGCACUGUGACAUUAGAGGGAGUGAAGUGAUUCUUGGAGACAAUUCUCAUAUCCACAUAUAUGAAAAUGGAGGCAUUGCAACCAUUGGAGGAGUCCAUUCAAGAACAGUGAAGAACAAAGAUGAUGGAACAAUGGACAUUGAUUUGAUUGAAGCUGCCAUAAGAGAUCCAAAAGGGCAACUUUUGUUCCCGACAACAAGGCUCAUUUGUCUAGAGAAUACUCAUGCAAUUUCUGGUGGAAGAUGCCUCUCUGUAGAAUAUAUCGACAAAGUUGGAGAGUUAGCUAAGAAACAUGAUUUGAAACUUCACAUUGACGGAGCUCGUAUUUUCAAUGCCUCUGUGGCAAUGGGUGUUCCAGUUGAUCGAUUAGUACAAGCUGCUGACUCAAUAUCGGUAUGCUUAUCAAAAGGUCUAGGUGCACCUGUUGGAUCAGUUAUUAUUGGUUCUAAAAGCUUUAUUUCUAAGGCUAGAAGGGUUAGGAAAACGUUGGGUGGUGGAAUGAGGCAAAUUGGCAUCCUUUGUGCAGCUGGACUUGUUGCUUUAAAAGAGAAUGUUCAUAAACUUGAAGCUGAUCAUGACAAAGCCAAACAACUAGCUAGUGGAUUGAGCCAAAUCAAAGGAUUAAAAGUGGAUCCAAAAUCAGUUGAGACAAAUAUUAUAUUUUUUGAGAUUGAAGAGGACUCCCACAUCUCACCAAAGUUAUUGUGUAAAAGCUUGGAGGAACAUGGAAUUCUUUUGAUGCAAGAAAGCUCAUCAAGGAUUAGAAUUGUUCUUCAUCAUCAAAUAUCAACAAGUGAUGUGCAGUACACUUUAAACUGCAUCAAGCAACUUCUCUGUGGAAUUCCACUUCAAAAUGGCAGCUAAUCACAACUCUCUCUCUCUCUAAAGUAGUCUCAUAUUUACCUUCAUUUUGUGCGACAAUGUUGCCUUUUUAAUCUAAUUCAUACCUAAAUCAUAUCUUAUUGUAAUAAACUUAGACAUAUUUCCAAAUCUAUCUAUAUAUAUAUAUUAUGAACUUAAGGAGUUGGAGUGAACAAAGACUUCAAACUAUUAAAUGUAAUUUCAUUUACUCUUA